AUGGAACUGCCAAAACGACGAGGAAAAACGAAGGUGAUCCAACAGAUCCCCAUCGAACAGGUCCCUACAGAACUCUUCUUCUGGGCCACCCGACACCUCCUCGUCACCCCCGAGUGCGUGUACUGUGGUGCACCGUCAACAAUCGACGAGAAAGGCCACCGCAUCUGCAGCAGAGGAUGCGAAGAGAAGUACGGACACUUCAAGAUGACCUGCUUCCACGCCUGGGCCGCUAUGUCCAGAGGCACCGCCGCCAGGGCGGAAGAGCUCCUCCACAGCACAGAUCAAGCCAUCAUCGAGGGGUUCAACAGAAAAUGCGCCGCUGCCUAUGCACGGAUCAAGCCUGACUUGACACCAGGCGCUCCCGAAAUCGACCUUACCAGCAACAUGAGCGAUAGCUGCGGCGAAAGCGACGACGAAGAUCUGUCGGCCCUUGAAACCCUCAAGGCCCGCCAAACCAAGCUCGCCAAGAGCACCGACAAAGCCAAGCUGUCUACCGGCGCUAUCGAGAUCAUCCAAGACACCCUCAAAUCGGUUGAAGACGUCAUCGAAAAGAUCAAAGCCGAACAGGCACAUAAAGCUCCCCAAAGGGCUCCCCAGAAGAAGGACUCGGCGUCCAAUUCGCCUAAGAUGAGCUACAGUGAGGCUCUCAAGGCCAACAUCGCCAAGGCCACAGAGCACGUCCAGAGCCUCUCUGGAAACGAGAAGAUGGCCGAGUGUGGCCGUAUCCUCACCACCGGGCGAGUCCCAACAGGGACCUGA